CGCCUUUUGACACGCUCAUACUCUCUUCGGUGCAGAAACGAGGAGGGUCUGUGCAAGGCAUACAGUCACUUUUACAUAGUUGCACAGAGUUUUUGAUAGGGUUUUCUUUUCUUAUAUGUAUAUAUUCUGUUUUUUUUUGUUUUUAUUUUGGCAAUAAGCUAUAUUGUACAUCCGCGUACCUGUACACUCAGGGAGUAUCCUAGCAACCACUUUCCAGGACGUUAGCUUAAAUAACGUGCUUGUGCAACGCAUUUUUUUUCUCUUUGUGGAGAAAAAGAACAAACAUUUUAAAAAGUACCUUUUUUUAAAAAUACCUUUUAAGUAGCCUCAUUUAUCUCUUCGCCGACCGUCGUUGGAAAUAAUGAGCAGUACGAAGGGAGAAACUCGGAGUGUGUCUCCUCACUGCCCCAAACCUGAUGAGUCUGAGCAGCCGCUGGGUACAACGAUGGAGACCAGCGCUGCCAAUGACGUGACCGUGAAAUCUGAGAGCGUGACGCCCGAAGCGAUCAUCACGAAGGAGAUGGAGGAAGAAGAGAAGCAGCUGAUGGAGGAAGGGGAGAGGAAGGAGAAGGAGAUGAUGGAUAAGGCCCGGAAGUCGCUGGACAGGGAGUCACACGACAUGCGCUUCAAGAGGCUGCAGCAUCUGCUCCAGAAGAGCAACAUCUACGCUAAAUUCCUGCUGAUGAAAAUGGAGCAGCAACAAAACGAGGAGAAACUCAAGAAGGAGAAGUUUGAAAAGAAAACCAAGAAGAUAAAACCCACCACUAGUGCAGAGACUGAGAAAGAUAAAAAGAAGAGGAGGAGGGAUGAAGACUAUAAAAUAGCAGACGUCAUGUCAAAAGAGGAAAUCAUGUCGCAAGCUAAGAAAGCAAAAGUGGAGGAAACGCACGGAGCCAACAAGAAGCUGGAGGCCGAGGACAUCGAGAAGAUGAGCGAUUCCAACCAGGACAUCAAGAACCGGCUGUCGGAGACGGUGCGAGACAACGCCAAGCACCUCCUGCAUCCCGACAGGAAGGUGAACGGGAAGCCGGUCCCCGCGCAGCAGCCGCUGCUUUUCACCGGCGGCGUCAUGAGGUGGUACCAGAUCGAGGGCAUCGAGUGGUUAAGGAUGCUGUGGGAGAACGGCAUCAACGGCAUCCUGGCUGACGAGAUGGGACUGGGGAAGACCAUCCAGUGCAUCGCCCACAUCGCCAUGAUGAUACAGAAGAAGGUAACGGGCCCCUUCCUGGUGGUGGCCCCUCUCUCCACGCUGCCCAACUGGAUCAGUGAAUUCAACCGCUUCACCCCCGAGGUGUCUGUGCUGCUUUACCACGGCCAUCAUGCAGAGAGGACCAAGCUGCUGAAGCAGAUCCGAAGGCCUCAGGGGCCCCUCAACAUGUGUCCCGUCGUCGUCACGUCCUUCGAGAUCGCCAUGAGAGACAGAAAAUUCCUGCAGCACCACCAGUGGAAGUACCUGAUAGUGGACGAGGGCCACAGGAUCAAGAACCUGAACUGUCGUCUGGUGCGGGAGCUGAAGUCUCUGCCCACCGACAACAAGCUGCUGCUGACGGGAACGCCUCUGCAGAACAACCUGGCAGAGCUCUGGUCCCUCCUCAACUUCCUCCUGCCAGAGGUCUUCGAUGACCUCAAGAGCUUUGAGUCGUGGUUCGACAUCAACACCCUGAGUGAGUCCAAAGAGGUGGAUGAACGGGAGCAGAACAUCCUGAGCAUGUUGCACCAGAUCCUCACUCCCUUCCUGCUGAGGAGGCUGAAGUCAGACGUGACACUCGAGGUUCCUCCCAAAAAGGAGAUCAUCGUCUACGCUCCUCUCACGGCCAAACAGGAAGCCCUCUACAGCGCUGUGGUCAACAAGACCAUCGCAAAGGUGCUGGGACAGGAAAAGACUGAAGGUCCCGUGGCGUUGACCUCCAGCGGCAGACCGAAGCGUCGCACUAGGAGUGUGGUGGACUACAAAGAAACGGACAAAGACACGCCGCACGACCUGGAGAAAUAUCUGGAGAGUGUCCGCAAGGAGAUGGAUCAGGACUCCCGUCCUGUCCUGGAUGUCCAGAGUCCGCUGGACGCUCAGAUAAACCUGAAGCUGCAGAAUAUUUUCAUGUUGCUAAAGAGAUGUUGUAACCACCCGUACCUGGUGGAGUACCCCCUCGACCCGGCUACACAGGAGUUCAAGGUUGAUGAGCAGCUGGUGCAGAGCUCUGGCAAGUUCCUCAUUCUGGACAGGCUGCUGCCGGCUCUGAAAGAAAGAGGACAUAAGGUUCUUAUCUUCAGUCAAAUGACGUCCAUCUUGGAUAUUCUGAUGGAUUACUGCUACCUGAGGGGCUUCCAGUACAGCCGGCUGGACGGCAGCAUGUCCUACGCAGACAGAGACGAAAACAUGACGAGGUUUUCCAAAGAUCCCGAGGUCUUCAUCUUCCUGCUGAGCACCAGGGCCGGAGGUCUGGGGAUCAACCUGACGGCUGCCGACACCGUCAUCAUCUUCGACAGCGACUGGAACCCCCAGGCCGACCUGCAGGCUCAGGACCGCUGCCACCGCAUCGGUCAGACCAAACCGGUGGUGGUUUACCGCCUGGUCACGGCCAACACCGUGGACCAGAAGAUCCGGGAGCGGGCGGCCGCCAAGAGGAAGCUGGAGAUGAUGGUGAUCCCCAAGAAUAAGUUCAAAGGCAGGAAGGCAGAACUGAACCAAAGCAAGAGCUGCAUCGAUCUGGAUGAACUGAGGGAGCUGCUCAAAGUCAGAGACAUGGAGAAAGAGGUGAAAGCUUCCAGGGGGAAGGUGAUCAGUGACAAAGACCUGGAGACUUUACUGGAUCGCAGUGACUUACUGGGUAAGCAAAAGAAAACCACGAAGGAGAAAGCUGGAGUCUUCAGUGUGAUCGAUGACAAAGAGUCGUCCGACCUCACACUGGCCUGAAAAAAACACUUGAUUUAAAACCAAACUGCUGCCACUUGUAGUCGAGACUGAAGCUCCGUGAGGAUUUGCUGCUGUACGUUGACCUUUUACGUUUUCUACGUUGUACUUUCUUAUCUGCCUUAAUCGUAUCCUGUGUGUAAUUAGAUUACUUGUGUACUGUUUUGUUUGGACGUUUAACCACUGCGCCCGGGAGGAGAAGAGUUUCCUCCGAGCCGAAAGCUAAAAACUGACUUGAGUACUGUUCCUACCGUACAGUUAAUACGUGUUAAAGCCCAGCGUCACUUCAGCUCUGCAAACCUGAUGAUACUCAGUUGGCUUAAGAACGAUUGAUUUAUUAUUAAUUUUUUUUAAUUUGUUUUUUUUACUUUAAAAUCAUCGUUGUAAUCAAAGCGCUUUCAUGCAGCAGAUGUCUCUUAUGUUUUAUUCAUGUCUUUAUAUAAAUAAACAGACUUUAAAAAAAACG